AUGAGAAAGGCCGUCUCCUUCUCAGAAGGGUUGAGUAGCGAUUCCUCCAAGUUGUCACCGUCUAAGAAAGACGGAGACGAUACAAAGAAUGAAAAAAAUCCGAAUGUUACUCCGCUAAGAGUCCCUCCUUUGAAUCAUCCAGUAACAGUAUUACCAUUUCAGUCUCUAUACGCAGCCUAUGCCUUGUUUGCAAAGUAUGAUGUUCUGACAAAUAAAAAUGAGGCAUUGGUACAAUCAUUGAAGGGUUUGAUAGGUCUACAGUUUGCUUACGGUGUCCUCAUAUUAUUCAACUAUUCACAAGACUCAACACAAAGUCGGAAAAGAAGCUACUUUGGCAAUUUUGCAGUUAUCAUUUUGAAUAUUAUCAUUAGCUUGAUCAUGUCCGUUCCUGUCCAUAUGCUCUUAUUACUUUUUGGAGCCCCAAUUUUGAGUUUGAAUAAAGAAACCUUCCUAUUAGCUGCUCAUCUUUCACUGUUGACAGUAUUCCCGAUUCUGUCCACCUAUAGAGCAACCCAUGCCGAGAAAGACUUUGGAAUGACGUUUUCAACACUUUUCUUCCGAUUGGUGACUGUUCAAGUUCAUGGAGACAUUUCCAAGCAUAUUGUCUACAUGACAUUACUAGGAACAGUAUUUGGUACAUGGUUAGGUAUCACGCCGAUUCCUCUAGACUGGGAUAGACCAUGGCAGGAAUGGCCAAUUACGUUACUCGUAGGUGCAUUUUUGGGCAACUUCGUUGGGGGACUGAUAAGUUGUAUUUCCAUUCUGUUCUUCUAG